AAUCCAAACAAUUUAAGGUGAACAUGGUUAGCUAAUGACAAAGAAGAAUCUGAUCAUGGAACAAGUUGACCAAAACCAAACCACAUUCAUUGGAGUUGUUCUUUGGAAGAGCGUCACUUUUUCUGUUUCUGUGAAAGCACAAAUGGAGUUGUUAGUGGCACUGGUUUUGGUCAACUUUUUGGAUUUGGCUCCAAACAAACACACACAUAAACCUCUCAUUCUGUGGUGAGUCUCAAUCUUCUAUCCAAUUUCCUCUAAUACAAGUGAUAUAAAGCCUCAAUUUAACACCUUAUAAGCAAAAUACAAAAAGACACUAAGUUCAGUUUAAUUAGUCUGUUGUCUUGCAUCUCCCACAAUCUUUCUUUCUCUUCCUUGCAAAGUGCACACAACUAUGUAAAACAUUGCUACCACAAAAGACAACUUUUUUUUUGCUAUAAGCUCCAUUGUACUCUUUCUCUCCUUGUUUGGAAACUUUUCUAUAAUAGUUUCUUAAACCAGGAUCAACUCUGGUGAAAAGUUUCUGUAACAUGUUUAGAAACCCUUCUGCAAUUGAUUCUGAAGGCAGAACCAAUUAAUUCUGGAUAGCUUCGAGUUUCAGAAUUGAUUCUGUUGAAAGAGAAGCUGAUUCAAACAUGCUAUAAUUAGUUUUUGAGCUUCAGAAUUGAUUCGGCUUACUUUAUAGGGAUGCUAAAUUUCAGCUCUUUAGCACAAAGGCUUGAAAAGUGAAAACAACAUGUAUAUCCAUUGAAAGAACAGAAGCAAUGCGUGGCCUGAAGGUCAGUGACAUCCUCAAUUCCUCAGAAACCAAUGGCAGAAAAAACAAAGCUACUGGGGGUGCCACCAGAAUCAAAACAUUGUUUUCAAAGCCCAAAUCCAAUAACAACAAGGAAAACUCAACCUCAGCAGUUGCAAACCUUGUUGUUCCUCUUCAACUACCUUCUGCUGACACCCUUGAGCCUUCCAUUGAAGCUUACCUUAAACCCCCCAACCUCGUAGAGGCCUUGGCAGAACUGUAUCGCUGGCUUGAGUGCUGCCCGCAAUCCCAGAAAGCAUUGCUCUUUGUGGAGCAGUACUCGCUUCUCCGCAGCCUCGGAGACCAGAAGCUUCUCCGGACUUGUCUCAGAACAGCGCGCCGGAAUGCGGAUGACGUGUUCUCCAAGGUUGUGCUGUCAGCAUGGCUGAGGUUCGAGAGGAGGGAGGACGAGCUUGUGGGCGUCUCUUCAAUGGACUGUGCUGGUGGCAGCAUUCUUGAAUGUCCAAAGUUGAAUUUGGUUCAUGGAUUUAGUCCCAGUUCAGUUAAUGAUAAGUGUCAGUGUUCACAAGAGACUAAACAGGAAACUAGCAAUGAAAGUGUGUGUUUACUAAAUGAGGAAAAGGAUGUUUCUUUUUGCAUUGGAAAUGUGGAAAUCAAAUGUGUUAGGUGGAGAAUUGCAUCACUAUCAGACCCUUUUAAGGCUAUGCUCUAUGGUGGUUUUGCAGAGUCCAAAAUGAGGAAGAUUGAUUUCACCCAAAAUGGGAUAUGCCCAAAGGGUAUGAGAGCAGUGGAAUUAUACAGCAGGGUAAAAAGAUUGGAACUUUUCUGCCCCAUGACUGUUUUGGAGCUUCUUUCAUUUGCCAAUAGGUUCUGUUGUGAGGAGAUGAAGUCUGCUUGUGAGGCCCAUUUGGCUUCAACUGUAGUGAAUGUGGAUGAUGCAUUGGCACUUGUUGAGUAUGGAUUGGAAGAGAAAGCACCUCUUCUUGUAGCUUCAUGCUUACAAGUGCUUCUCAGGGAGCUGCCAAAUUCUUUGUAUAACUCAAAAGUGAUAAAAAUCUUCUGUAGUCCCGAGGGAAAGAAAAGGUUAGAAACUAUGGGGUAUGAUUCUUUCUUACUCUACUAUUUCCUGAGCCAGGUUUCUAUGGAGGAAAACAUGGUAUCUAAGACUACAAUGAUGUUACUAGAAAGACUUGGGGAGUGUGCAGCUGAAAAUUGGCAGAAAGCACUUGCAUUCCAUCAAUUGGGGUGUGUGAAUCUUGAAAGGAAAGAAUACCAAGAUGCUAGACAUUAUUUUGAAGUUGCAGCUGAAGCAGGUCAUGUGUAUUCUUUGGCUGGUAUAGCCAGAACAAAGUAUAAACAAAAUCAACCAUGUUCAGCCUAUAAGUUAAUCAGUUCUCUCAUAUUUGAGCAUAAACCUGCUGGGUGGAUGUACCAGGAGCGUGCUCUUUACAAUACCGGAUGGGAAAAAAGUUUCGAUUUAGACGUUGCAACUGAACUAGACCCUUCCCUUUCAUUUCCUUAUAAAUAUAGAGCAUUGGCAAAGGUGGAAGAGAAGCAGAUAAAGGCUGGAAUCUUAGAGCUUGAUAAGAUUAUUGGAUUUAAGCUCUCUCCGGAUUGCCUAGAAUUGCGAGCUUGGUUGUUUCUUUCACUUGAGGAAUAUGAGAGUGCCUUGAGAGAUGUUCGCGCAUUGUUAACUUUGGAACCAAGUUAUGUAACUUCACAUGGGAAGAUCACAGGGAAAUACUUGGUUUAUCUACUUAGUCAUGUGGUAAGGCAGAAGAGCCAGGCUGAAUGCUGGAUGCAAUUAUAUGAAGAAUGGUCUUCUGUAGAUGAUGUUGGUUCCUUGGCUAUUAUACAUCAGAUGUUAGAGAAUGAGCCUGCAAAGAGCCUGCUAGAGUUUCGUCAGUCUCUACUCCUUUUAAGGUUAAACUGUCAAAAGGCUGCAAUGCGCAGUUUGAGGAUGGCAAGAAACCAUUCCAGCUCAAUGCAAGAAAGGUUAAUAUAUGAAGGGUGGAUUCUAUAUGAUACUGGAUACCGGGAUGAAGCUCUAUCCAGAGCUGAUAAGUCCAUUGCAAUUCAGAGAUCAUUUGAAGCUUUGUUUCUAAAAGCAUAUAUGUUGGCAGAUACAAGUUUGAAUCCUGAAUCUUCUUCUUAUGUAAUCCAACUUCUGGAAACAGCACUUAAAUGUCCUUCAGAUGGUCUUCGCAAAGGACAAGCACUGAAUAACAUGGGGAGCAUUUAUGUGGAUUGUGGAAAGCUUGAUCUAGCAAAAGCAUGCUACAAGAAUGCCCUGGAAAUUAGGCACACAAGAGCUCAUCAAGGUCUAGCGCGCGUUUAUCAUCAGAAAAAUCAACGAAAAGCCGCGUAUGAUGAGAUGACGAAGCUAAUUGAGAAGGCUGAGAGCAAUGCCUCAGCGUAUGAGAAACGAUCUGAAUACUGUGACCGCGAGAUGGCGAAGGCUGAUCUUGAUUUAGCAACACAACUUGAUCCUUUAAGGACAUAUCCAUAUAGAUUCAGGGCAGCAGUGCUGAUGGAUGAGCAAAAAGAAACUGAAGCUGUGGAAGAGAUCACCAAGGCCAUAAACUUCAAGCUUGACAUGAAAAUACUUCAUCUACGAGCAGCGUUUUACGAGUCAAUGGGGGACAUAUCCUCUUCUCUUCAAGACUGUCAGGCAGCUCUAUGCUUAGAUCCUAACCAUACAGAAACACUUGAUUUGUAUCAAAGGGCACAAAAACUGAGCUUUUAAUCAUAUACCAAUGUGCAUAAGAAGGCUGAAUGUGUGUUUGGAUACCAAUCGAGUGCAACGUGAACGGACUUUCAUCUCAAUCCAAUAGGAAGAGUUUCAUUCACUUUUUACCUCGAAGUGAGUGCUAACAUCUGAUUGCACUGGUGGCAACAUAUAUCCAAACAUAGUCAUGUAGAGAUAUCGGUUAGGAAAUUGUUGGGGCAUCCCAAAUUUUUUAAGUUCCAAUGGGAGGACAUGGAUUUUGCAGCUAUUGAAACAAAGCCAAAAUCCAAGAAGUAGUACUUGGAUGAUUGGAGAAAAGGGAUAAAAAGAAAUAUGUGCUUCAAUUGAUCAAAUAGGAGAACAAUUAAGGUGUACAUCAGAUUUUCAAAGUACCUACACUGAUAUGAUACAGAUUCUUGUGAGCCAUGUGCACAUAAUUUGUCUCACACUAUUUGCAAGUCUCUUGUACAGUUACAGAGUUGUAAUUUAUAGAGAGAAAACUCACUUUUUGUUUCCUGCAAUGUAUGAUUUAUUAUUCUUCUUGAUAAGAAGUUUUAUCUUUUCUGCAUCUUUGGUCC